UGUGUCUGUCUCGUGAAGGACUUCAUGCGUCAGGCAGGCGAGGUGACGUAUGCCGACGCCCACAAGGAGCGAACCAACGAAGGGGUGAUAGAGUUCCGGACUCACUCUGACAUGAAACGGGCCAUGGACAAGUUAGACGGCACAGACAUCAACGGGCGAAAGAUUCGAUUGGUGGAGGACAGACCCCGCAAACGAAGGUCUUACUCUGGCAGCCGCUCCAGAUCUCGAAGUCGCCGCCGCUCCCGCAGCAGAAGCCACAGGAGCUCAAGGAGUCGCUCCAGAUCUCACUCCAGGUCCCGUUCCCGUAGCAACAAGAGAAGGCAUCAUUCUCGCUCGAGGUCUGAGAGGAAGUCUCGUUCCAAGUCGGGAGAACGGAAAUCGCGCUCUCGCACCAACAGAUCUCGUUCUGGGUCCCACAAGUCCAAAUCUCGCUCGCGCUCACAGAAAUCUCGUUCCCGUUCAGCCGACCGGAAAUCAAAGUCCCGCUCCAAGAGCCGCUCUAAGGUCAAGUCGGAGCGGGAUUCUCGUAGCAGAUCCAAGGAGAUGGAUGUUGGUGCUGGUGAAGACAACAACAAGAAGUCCCGCAGCCGUUCAGCUUCCCCUGUAGAGAAUGGGAAAGAGGAGCGCACUGCCAAAUCAGCAUCCCGCUCCCCGUCCCCACAGGAAGACGAACGCCGAUCUAAAUCCAGAGAGAAGCGCUCAGCGUCCCGCUCAGUCUCCCGCUCAAGGUCUCGUUCACGAUCUAGAUCAGCCUCUCAAGAUUAGAUGUGGAAAAUGUUUUUCCCCUCCUUUUUUUUUUUUUUUUUUUUUUUUUUUUGUUUUGUUUUAUUAUAAUGCUGUAAAUAACGAGCGGUGUCACAGGCUUCUGCUUCCUUACCUUUUCUCUUCAGACUGUGCUGUUUUGACAUGCCAUCAAUAAAUGCACAUUGUCAGGGCCGUUUUUGGAAACCUGCCAAUGUAAAAGAUGAUUUCUGAUCCUAAGUUUUGAGUAGUCUUCCGCUUGAGACUCAUUUUCUAGCCCACAGGUAAUUAUUUUAAGUCUGUUUUCAAUAAAGUCUUUUCUGGCUUUGUACGAA